AUCGGCGAACGUCCACAGGUAGCACUGCUUCCAUUCGCCACCAUUCCUCGCUAAUUGCCAGUUGUCGCGGUUUUUAUCUUUUCUAUUAUCUCAUCAUAAAUUAAUAAAAGUGCGUUUAAUGUAUAUACUUGUACCUACGAUUUCCUCGGUUCUGAUUUAUUCUGUGUAAUAAACUGACAACCGUGUUCUCCCGUAUCACCGGCGGCGCCACCUCGAGCCUGCCGAUUGCGAUCCCGUGUGUUCUGUAAUUGUUCGUUGUAGUUGAAAAUAAUUUUCAUUGCGUUUCUUAACGACAAAGGGUCCGGACAGGUUCGUCAUAACGCGGCUGGAGCGGUGUUUGUGCGGAAAAUCGACGCGGAGAAAGACGCGUGACUCAGUAGCAGUUUUGGACGCCCAAUCGCGCGGGUCGACAUAUUCGAUCAUUAUCAUUUUUCGGAAUACGGGACGAAUGCUCACCACUCUGCUGGUUGCUGCAAUCAGGCUUCAGUAGACAAUAACUAGUUGAAAAUAGAAGUAUGGAUUCCGAUGAUGAUCAACUCGAUAAUAUUUAUCAAAAUAUAUGUCCUAUUGUAUCUGAUAAAGGACUAGACUUGUAUAUGGAGCUAAUCACACGACGUUCCCCCUAUUUUGUGUAUGCUUUCAAAACAGGAUUUUAUUUAGAUCUAUAUCAAAAAGGAUAUGAUGGAGUUAAGGAUAUUACAAAUUAUGUUGAUAUAUUCUCAAAAAGAAAACUAUUUAUCCCUAUUUGUAUGGGAGAAAUAAAAGAAGAAUGUUUUAACCUACAGGUGUGGUCUUUGGUUUAUGUUGAUUUUAUACAUAAAUUUAUUAAAUAUUAUGAUAGCUCCGGAGAACAAGGUACGGAAUGCUUAAAAUUAAUAAUGAAUUACUUGGUACAAGAAAUACUUGAAAAAAAAAAAAGAAAGAAAAAAAUUUUUAAUCCAAAUGGUUGGUCAUUAAUAAAUGUGAAGGAUUGCCCACAGCAAGAGCAUCAUUAUGAUAACUCAAUAUAUAUUUGUAUGUUUGCCGAAUACUUAUCAAGAGAUGCUCCAUUAGACUUUUCAAAAAGAGAAGUGCAACAAUUCUGUGAACAACUUGAAGAGGAAAUUGGUAUUGAUCAUUUAACAAAACUUGUACAAGUAACUUAA